GUAAACUGGUUAUCUUUCCCGGCUUAUCGUCAUCGUCCUCCAUCUCCACUCCAUUCCUCCACUUCCGUCACUAACUUCUUCAUCCACGCUCUUUCAUCCUUAUCACAACGGAGGCAUUAUAGCCCAGCCGGAAUGGCUGACGAGGCGAAUCGUCCUCUGUUGAACGGGGACUCCAGGGCCUCGUCGCCCGAGCGAUCUCCCGGUCACACGCCGCGCGGUCGGCCUGCACCAUCCUUCGAACUAUCAUCAGAGUCGACUCCUCUACUUCAUCGUCGCGAUGAUGACUUGGCGACCUACGGAACCGAACAGCGGCGAUCACGAUCCCCGUCAGCGGCAUCCCGAGCCGGCUCGGUCGAGAGUGGCUCCACCAAGAAGACCACCCGAGUACCAUGGGCGACAUUUAUGGCGCUCGGUAUGCUCAUAUUGGCAAUUCUGGGGAUUCUGGUCUUUGCCUUUGCGGCACCGGCCGUUGUGAACGAGUAUGCACAGGACGCGGCGGUGUUUAAACCCACCGUGCUGUCCAUUGAUUCAACAACCCCCACAGGCGUUCGCGCUCGCAUCCAAGGAGAGUUUGUGAUGAACUCGACCCGUGUGCGGAACAAGUCAGUUCGGGACGUUGGUCGGUUUGUCACUUGGAUUGCCACAGAAGUGGAAACGGGCCACUCGGACGUCCAGGUGUAUCUUCCAGAGUACGGAAAUGUUCCGAUUGGAAACGCCUCGGUGCCGCCCAUCAAAGUGAACAUACGUCCUGGCCAUAUAAAUCAUGUCGACUUUUUGACUGACCUGACCGCUGGUGAUAUACGGGGCAUUCAUUCAAUAGCCAUGGAUUGGAUAGAGGGUAGACUGGGCCGCCUCAGGAUCAAGGGCAAGACAACGAUGCAUUUGAAGACAGGAUUGAUCAGUCUGGGGUCACAAAUGCUUGAAAAUGAAAUUUUAUUUGAAGAGAACGACUUUCCGGCUCUGCCGACCAUCGACGUGACGAAACUCAAUGUACACGACGUCGACAAUGGAGGAGCCAUGGCAGUGGAUGUUUCCGUCGCGGCUUUUGUCGAGUCGCCUCUUGCGCUCACGGUGCCGGCGCUCGGUUUUGAAAUUCUGGUGCCAAAUUGCUCGCCAGGUGACCCAAACAUUUUGGUCGCCAGGGCGGAGACAGAGGAGAUUCAGAUUCACCCCGACCAACCAAUACACGCCGAUGUGGCCGGCCUCAUUCAGACACUUCCAGAGGAGUUGACCAGAGACGACCAUCUACGUCCGGGGGCGGACUCACCGUCACCUAAUACCCCGGCGUGGCUUGUGGAACUUUUGAGCAGUGUCACGGUGCCGGUGCCGCUCACGGGGCAUGCUCUGGACAAUCUGGUGAAGAACUUUAGCAUGACCGACACGCAUUUCUCUCUCCCAGACCCAUUCGCCGAGCCUGGAACACCAGAGUCGCAUCCGACCGUAUCUGCCUUGGUUAAAGUUCUGAUAGCCCUGCCAGAGCAGAUGAACUUCCAAGUUGAUGUUCCGCAAGUCCGUGCCUUCGCGGACGUCUUUUAUAAGGGCAAAGAGCUCGGUGAUCUGGACAUCGACCAGUGGCAGGACGCCAACUCGACUCUCGUGAAGGACCAAGAUAACUCCACAGCGCUGCUCGUGGAGUUCGCCAUGAAAGACGCACCAUUACAGGUCUCGGAUGACGGACUGUUGGCAGAAGUCGUCCAGGAAAUGCUGUUCGGUAGCAAAUCAGUGGUACUACGAGUUGCCGCCAACGUAGACGCGAAGGUUUCGACUGUCUUGGGCCAGUUUGCGAUUCGCGGGAUUCCUGCGGAAGGCAAAGUCCGCGUGAACACUCCGUUUGAUGGCGCGCUCGGUCACUUGAAUCCGCGAAUCGUGUCCUUGCAACUAGAGAAUACAACUGAAACGUCGAUGUUUGUGUCUACUCGGCUGAACUUUACGAAUCCUACCAAACACGCGGCAACGAUCCCCUUUGCGGAUCUUCUCGUGCUCUACAACGGCACGGCCAUUGCUCAUGUCAUUGCCCGAGAUAUGUCCGUUGUUCCAGGGAACAACACGAAUGUCCAAGUCGACUUCUCAUGGAACCCGCACGAUAUCAGCGGGAUUAACGGGACAGAAGCUGGACGGAAACUCCUUUCGGAAUAUAUUUCAGGUUCCAACACGACUGUCACGAUUAAGAGCCAUAGAGGAACUAUUCCAUCCCUCCCAGAUCUUGGAGAAGCCUUCUCUGUUCUUUCCAUGGAUAUUCCAGUACCUCGGACCCCCAGCCCAGACAUUCCAGACGGUGGAAAUGACGGAAAUGACCGGCAUCCUCAUUUCAUUCAAGAUGCAACGCUGCAUCUCUUAACCUCUACCGCCGAAUUCACACUCUCCUCGCCCCUAAAAGAAACAAGCAUCUUCAUCACCUCUGUAGACGCAGCAGCCUUCUACGAGGGCGAUGAGCCCGUCGGACGAAUCAACUACAAACAGCCCUUCGAGGUGCCGCCUGGCCUGUCACAAACCCCGCGCUUGCCCGUUGAUUUGGCCCUUGGGAGUGUCGGGUAUGAGGCUCUGCGGAAGGCUCUUGGCCAGGAGCUGGACAUGGAUGCUGUGGCUCGGAUUGGGGUGAAGGUUGGGCAUUAUUGGGAUGAGGUCUUCUAUCGUGGGAAGGGGAUUGCCGCCAAGGUGAGGGUUUAA